AUGGCUGGCUCAGCACAGCAUGGUUCCAAUGACCCUCAUUCUUACACAGGCAAUGGAUGUCACUACAAACCCAAGUUGGAUCAGGACUAUGGUCCAGACAUGGUAGUCAGAAGUACCUUUGGCCUGAAAAAUAUAUCAGCAUGCCCCUAUUUGCAGCAUGUUCUCCCAGCUUUAUUCAAUCUCAUCUUCAGAUUUACCAUCAAAAUGGAGUGCAUCUACAAGAUGAGCGAACUCCUUAGCAGCAUAUCAGCACUGGUAUUUGAAAUAGUCAUCGCAAACAGCCAAUGCUGGCGCCUGUGGGAAUUCGACGAUGAUGUCUUUGUGUUUUUUGGCCUGUGGGAAGCUUAUUACCCUCAAGAGUUUAAUGUCUCAGGCACAGUAGUUAAGAUGCUGGUGCAUACCCCUAUCAAUUCCACCUGGACCAUUUCACCUGAAUUUCAGUGGGCACAAACCCUGAUAAUGUGGGCCAUUUUGAUGAAGCUCGUAGUCCUGAUUUUUGGUGCAAUCGCUAUUAAGAUCAGCUGCAUGAGAGACCCAUUUGUGGAACUGCAGAUAUAUAGCUACAAGGUCUCUGCCUUCACUCUUUGUGUUAGCAGCCUCUUCACAUUAGUUUCAGUGAGCUGGAACCACUUUGCAGAUCAUUAUGGCCAAACAACUCUUGACUUUCCACCUGACUUUUCAGUCAAAAAAGAAGCUUUGAUAGAAAAGCACUAUACUGGUAUGUUCCCAGUUGGGGUUCUGAUAGCCAUCAUGUCACUCUUUGGUGUGGUCUUCUAUCUCUCUGAGAUAAGCUCACUGAAACUACAGAGUCUGGUGAAGACCAAGGGUGCUUGCAUAGUGGUCAAUUAA